AUGUCAAGUCAUAUGAUCCACAAACUAGGUAUUGUACUAUUGUUUGUUGUCUCUUGUGUUUUAGCCGCUCGCGACCAACCAUCAAUUUUGACAUACAAAGAUGGUGUGUUUUGUAGCCCUGUUGAAAGAAACAAGAACAUUGACAAAGCUUAUGUUGAGCUACAUGCUACCAAGGAAGUUAUCGAUAAGAGGAUCCCAGGAUUGAUUUUCCAUUACCCUGACAUUGUCAAUUUCUCGUCGGUGCCAAUAUUGGAAGUGUAUACUCAGUUGUAUGCCAACAAUAAGGACCAUUUGUACAAGCAAAUGUUGACCGAUGAUGGCAAAUUCAAGUUGGAUGCUGCCGAGGGCUACUCAGUGGAUGAUCUGAAGUAUUGGAGUGGUGUUAUUGACAAGGAUAUCAAGUUUGCUGUCCCCACUUCAGGAAUCUACUGUGUCUACGUAGCCCCUGAUCAAGAAAAACCGUUUGAUUUUAGUCUACCUAUUAAGUUUCAAAACCACUUUGGAAAUUUAAACUACACAGAGUACUUGAUUUAUUCACAAUUAAAGUAUGUCAUUGCACUUGCUAUUGUUUUAUUUGCUGCAUUGUUCAAUUACAUUUUGAGAUUCAAGGUUGGCAAAGAUUUCCAAAACAUGGACUCGAUAUCCGUCAUAUCCAAGGCUAUUGUCUUUUUGAUAUUGACUCCAUUUAUUGCCGUUUACAUAUUUGAUUGGUUUGUUUUGCUUCUAAGAAACAAUUUUGAAGCAUCUUACCAAACGUCGUUUGUGUUGUCGGUAUUGAGGUUCUUUUCAAGAUUAGGCGACAGCUUGUACAAUGCAUUUACGUCUUAUGCUGUGCUAUUAUUUUCAAUGGGAUAUGGUGUUAUCUACUACCACAAUGGGAACUCGCAACAUUACAGACUUUUCCCCCAAGAGUCAAUGAAAAAGAUUACUGCAUUAUUCUUCUUAUAUCUCGUUGUUGUCGUCUUGUAUUGUUUGAGUUUACAAUCAACUUCAAGCAAUCAUUUGGUUGGCGUACAGCACAAUACGCCUAAUGGUACAUUUUCUUCUGUUGUUGCCGCUUUGGUCUCGUUGUUUGGAUUGAGUUUCUACAUCUUGUCUGUGAUUUUCUACUUCAAGACUAAAAAGACCAUUGCAGCAUUCCCUCCGGCUUCCGAUGCAGAAUCAACUGACAAGAUUGUAUCUGCAUUUAGGAAAUCCUUUUUUGUCAUUUUGGUGUUGCCGAUAAUUACAGGAUUUUUGGCCGGAGUUAUUGCUGGUAUCUUUUUAGUUAACGCAGCAGGAAAUGUACCUGACUUCCCUCAACAUACUGAUCGUGACCUUGUUUACCAAUCAGCAUUGACAGUUGCCGCUUUUGAAAAUUCCUUCAAGGGGGUAGUGUUGCCAAUUGUAUGGUCAAACUGGUUAUACUUUUUCGCAUUGAUCAUCUCGAUAUUCUUUAUCUGGAUUAAAGACAACAAUGGGUUGAUUGUUGACCACAAUGCCAAUGACCCAAUAGAGUAUGCCGAUGUCCCCAACUUCGAUAUUUCAGAUGGUGAAGAUGAAGAGGACAUUCGUGUUUGA